UGUGAAGCCGUACUCCCUGCAUAGGUUUCCAGGCCGUGAUGAAGGAAUGCGUCGCCAGUGGAUAAAAAACAUCAACAGAAAGGACUUUAAAGUUAAGAAACAUAGUGUGGUGUGUGGGAUUCAUUUUCCUGACGGUAAACCGACGGAGGCACACCCAUACCCAGUUCUUCAUAUGGGAUAUGAUCCUCAUAAGGGGUUAUCAACUGGUAGAGCACCUCCAAAGAGGAGAUGUCUUCAACAAGAAAGCGAGACCAGUACUUCUGAAGAGGAACAUGGACAUGUAGAAUCAUCUCAAGAAGUUGAAGAUGAAGAAGAAAAUGAAGGAGUACAGCCUCCAGAAGAUAACAUCACAGUGAUGACAUAUUUAUCUGUCUCUAGUGCCUUGCUGGUUACAGAUGUGGACUUUGAUGCAGUGUUGUCUCGAGCACGGAUGUUUUCAACAAAGUCUGGAAGAACAUUCUGUGUUGUUGACUUAUUCCACAAACAGGCCGAGUCUGUGCAGGCCACACCAGUGUAACCCUUUAGAGCUGCUUGAUUAAUUUUGUAUGCAAGGCCUGCUGUGUGACUGCAGCAUCUCCCUUGGUUUGCCAUGCAGUCACAUUGUACUUGAAUGAUUUCUGCAUUUUCUCUUUUCAUUGUCACUUGUACUUCAUGAUAAUUGUUAAUAUGUUGUGAAUAACGUACAUUUCCUUUAAGCACUAUGAUACCUGAACUUUGCAACUGGUGGGUUAUUUCUCCAAUCCACCCAGAUCUAAGGUAGUUUUGUCCCUCAAUCAAUGAUCUGUAAUUAGUAUUUGGUGCUUCAUCACAAGCCAAAUGCUUUAGGAAGUAAUCCUGAAUACCUAUAAUAAACAAGGCAAACAAAUGAAAAUUAAAGUAAAUUUCACCAUCAUAAAGU